AUGGCUGCCUUCAAGGAUUUUUGUCAGGAAUUUCUUCAAAUGUUUGGCUUAAAUAAAUUUAAAAAUACACAAAUAAUAGCUUUAAAAGAUCUCCUAUUGGGCAAAGAUGUGUUUGUCAACCAACCAACUGGUUCAGGGAAGUCUUUGAUAUUUCAAGCCUUUCCAAUUCUUUUUGAUAUGGUGAAACAUUCUCCGUCGAGAAGCAACACUAUUGUACUUGUGAUCUCCCCACUUGUUUCGCUUAUGCAGGAUCAAGUUUCUUUCCUCAAAAGCAAAGGAAUCCGUGCUGCAUAUAUUGAAGAAGAACAGUCCGAUGAACGUGUUAAAAAGGAUGUAGAAAAUGGAAAAUUUCAACUUGUAUACAGCUCUCCAGAGUCUUUUCUUCAAAACCAACGCUGGCGAAAGGUGCUUGCAAUGGAUGUAUACCAUAACAAUGUGAAAUUAAUAGCUGUGGAUGAAGCGCAUUGCAUUUCUCACUGGGGAUUUUCUCCUCGAAAAGGCGAAAAGAUAUUCCGUGUUUGGUUUAGCAGGAUUAACGAAUUGCGAUCAAUUGUUCCCGGUGGUGUCCCCGUGCUUGCAUUGACAGCAACUGCUACAAAAAGAACAAGGGAACGCAUCAUGCAUGCACUAGAAAUGAAGAAUGCAACUAUUAUAAAAGAUUUCCCUGAUAAGCCCAACAUUACAUAUUCUGUUCAAAUUGUUGGCACCAAAACAUUGGAAACGUUCCACUCACUUAUUGCAGAGGUUGAACAACAGGGAGCAGCAUGUGAUCGAGUUAUUAUUUACUGCCUAAUAAUUAAAAUAACAACCAUGAUUUAUGCACAUUUUCAAGCAGAAUUAGGACAAAAUAUGUACAAGGGUAACAUAUAAGACCCUAAGAAUCGCCUUGUUGAAAUGUUCCAUGCUCAUAGUCUCGCAUCCUGUCUUCCUUUGCACAUGAAAAUGGUUGUAUACUUGUAUUGAUUGCAACAAUUGCAUAUGGAAUGGGCAUUGAUUGUAAGGCUUUUAAGACAAUCAUUCAUUAUGGCCCAUCUCGGAAUUUGGAAGCAUAUUUACAAGAAAGCGGACGAGCUGGUAGAGAUCAAAUUUCUCAGUGUCAAGCAAUAAUAUUGUACAACAAUGUAAUGCUCAAAUACUGUGAUGACGAUAUUGUUGCCAACAAAAGUGUAUCUGUGAUGUUGGGUGUGGCAGUUUACUAUUGUUUUCAAAAUUGCAUAAUGACUGUAAGACAGUGUCAAGGUCAAGAAAUAUAAGUGAUGAGCAGAAAUCAAUCCUUACAUGUAAACUGGAAUAUCUCAAGCAAUACUAUCUCGGUCGGCUUGUUAAUUCAGAUCAAAGCUUUCAUGGUCAUUUACUUACUCUGAUUAAUUUUAUAUGUAGCUUUAAUGACAUACAGGAAAGCCAAGGACUACAGCAUUGCACAAAAUUGUUCACAUUGCAUGACAUCUAUUCAUAUAUUGACAUUUGGGAACCAGAUGUUGCCAAUGACAUUUUCUUUAUAUUACACUUAAUUUUUGGAGAUGUUGAUUAUAAAGAAUGCACAACUUCAAAUGAUGAAUCUACUGAAAUUCAAUGUGCUCAAGUUCAAGAAAUGAUGGAUGCAUGGCAUCUGACAUCAGAUGAUGAACUUUUAUUGGAAUUUCCAGAUGAAUUUUCCAAUUUAUCAGAUGAAGAUUGA